AUGAAUUGGAUCUCUCUCACCCCGGCUCUGACCCUCUCUUACCUCAUCCUCACCCAUGCGGCUUUUGCAAAGCAGCAGCAUCGCAUGUUUAAGCUGCACGCGCGUCAGCAGGCUGGAGCGGCAGCAGCGGAACAAGCAGCUGACCCUGGUCUUCAGCUGACCGAAGACUCCGACGCUGACAUGUCGCUGCACUACGACGAGUCGAUGCGACUCUUCAUGCGUUCCCAAGCCGAGGCUGUCAUCGCGUCGCACGCUGGCGUCUCUUUCUCGGCCUACGAAGCCGAGUGCAUCCUCAAAGGUGCCCUCCCCUCUCUUCACCCAGGCACGCUGUCCAACGUCAGCUGGACCAUGGACAUGUUUGAGUCCGGCACCGUGCUGCCCACUGCCUCCUCCCCUGUCGCCGCCGCCGCUCCCCAGACGUUCUCACUCAUGUCGACCGACGGCACAGCUUCGCUCAAAAACACCGGCGAGGCUAACCUCGACAUCAACCACGUCAUCGAUGUAGACCACCUCCUCGACUCGUUCUUCCACGCCGACGCAGUCAAGUCCACCUUCGACAAAGUCCAAGCUGAAACCAACCAGAAUCUCGACAAACAGACCAAGAAGGCGAUUAUCAAACAGACAGCUCCCGUGCUGCACAAGACGAUCGAAAAGGUCGCCAGUCACCGAGGAUGGGGCUUGCAAGACGCAAGGUUCGCACAGAUGCAUCUGGACGACGACCCGCAGCUGCAGCUACAACAGGCCGGUGGAGCGGUGCAGGCAAAGGUGUUCCAGGACUAUGACACGUUCGUCAAGACGAUGCGCAGUGCGCUGCUCACGCCCCUGGACGCAGCGAAGGAUGUGGUGCAGGAACAACAAGAGACCCCGAGACAGGAUCCUGCUUCUAAAGCUUAG